AUGUCGGCUAGUCAAGGACCAACAGGCUGGGGUCCACCAGAGGUCAAAACUGGAGGCGAAUGGGAGGCCCAGCCACGCGAUUUCCGGCGAGGUUACCGGCUAUUUUCGGCCUUAAUCCCCUGUUUCGAUCUGUUAGGAGAGGUAGGAGAGAAAGUCGGGAAGAGAGAAGGAGAGCUUCGACGACUUUUGCUCUUGUUGCCGGAGGUCGAAACUAGAGGGGAAGGGGAGGCGGCGACCGCUGAGCUGGGGCCGGGGCGGUGCGCGGACACAAUCAUUGGGAACAGCUUCGUGCACGGUGUCUCCGGCGGCGAGUGGAAGCGGGUGAGCAUCGCGCACGAGAUGCUGGUGGACCCCAGCCUGCUGGUCCUCGACGAGCCGACGUCGGGGCUCGACGCCACGGCGGCCUACCGCCUCAUGGCGACGCUGGGGGGCCUCGCGGCGAGGGGGAAAACGGUGGUGAUGUCGGUGCACCAGCCGUCCAGCCGUGUCUACCAGAUGUUCGACAAUUUGCUCGUUAAAAAAAUAAAAGAAAGUUAA